GGCGAAGCAAACAACUCGGAUCUAACGGCUGACAGGUCAGAGAUCAUUGAUUUCCGUUUCUGACCAAUCGAAGUCUCAGUCCAAUCUUUCCGCCGUCAUCAGUUCACGCAUAACAGCCAAUGAAAUCGCUCCAAGUCACCAAAACUCCCCAUCUUCCUACAACCUCACUAACAAACAAACAAAACCGCAAGAACGUUGCAAUCAAACGAAAUUAAAAAAAAAAAUCGUAGAUAGGGAAAACGUACACGUGAAUAGGGUACUAACACACUCACUAGCAAACAAGCUUCCGGGGCACGCCUUUUUUUUUUUUCCUACAAAACCCCAGAACCCCAACCAAAUCACAUCCCCCCAAAAACGAAAAACCCUAGAAGAAAUCAUUUCUUUUUGUGAUUCAACAAAAAAAAUUCCCAGAAUGUUCAACAAUCAAGGUUCGAUUCUUCCAUUGAUAGAAAUAGGGGGAGGAGAUUCAUCCAGAACGAGGUCGUUACGUAAUCUUCCUCCAGGUUGCCGAUUUUACCCUUCCGAGGAGGAGCUUCUUAACCAUUAUCUCACCGGGAAAAACAGAUCCGUCUCCGCCGAUCGCGCUGAUAUGUGCAGCUGCGAUUUGAUCGGGGAGCUUAAUUUGUACGAUUACGAGCCGUCUGAUUUGCCGGAAGGCGCGUGCUUUGUGCACGGAUAUCGGGGGAGGAAAAGGCACUGGUUUUGCUAUACGGAGAGUAAAGGAGGGACGAGUGGGAGGAGAAGAGCAAAGGGAGGGUUUUGGAGGAAAAUUGGAAAAGUAAGGGAUGUGCUUGGUGGAGGAAAUGUAUUGUUGGGGACCAGAACUAAAUUUGUAUUUUAUGAGGUUAAUUCAGUUAAGGCAGCAGUUAGGACUCCUUGGAUUAUGUACGAAUAUGCCCUCCUUCACCAUCUCAAGGCUUCCUUUGUCCUAUGCCGAGUGUUUGUCAAAUCUCGUGCUGCAAAUAGUGUAUCAGAGAAUGUUUUUAGUUCUUGUGCAGAAGAAAGUGUUUCAGCUGUGCAUCACAUCAGUACUCAGCACCAUGUAUUUCUUACACCUGAUAGUCUUGAAGCUAGAAUUAAUGCUGAUGACUUCACUAAAGAGCUACAUGAUCCAAUAGCAACAAGACCUGUUUCUGUUGCCAGUUUUGAAUUUCCUUCAAGCAUCCCACCAGACCUGCCUGAUGAUCUGAUGGGAUCUCGGUUAACUACCAAUGAGUUACUGUCAAUUGUAGAAGAAGAUUUCAUAGAGUUGGAAGAUCUCAGGCAAUGAUUGUUCGUGAUACACCAUAAAGUAAAUAGAAGCAGUUACCUCAUUGGAGGUUUAAAUACACAGAAAUAGCAAGAGAAUGAUUUAUAUAUAUUCAAGAAGCUAAAAACAAGAUAUUUUCAAAUCUGAAUAGAAAUAAGUGUAAUGGCAGGAUCACUCACCUUGUAAGGCUACACUCUUACUUCAGAAGAAUUCAAGUUAUCAAGAAGCUAUGCUUCAGAAGAAUCAAGUUAUCAGGAAGUUUUCCUUCAUAAGAAUUAUAAGUGAUCAAGAAUAUUUCUUUGAGAAGAAUUAAGUGUGUGAUACAUUUGAUAAGUCAGAUAAAUUUCAACAUCAGGUGCUUCACCUGGCUUCCAAGUUCUCCUGUUUCUCCGAUGAUGAUGGGUUUAGAAUUUUUUUUUUUCCACUCGCUUCUCAAAUGCCUUCACUUGGCGAUGUUUUGCUUCUUGUAGUUUGUUCUAGGCAAUGUUUUGCUUCUCCUAGCCUGUUCUAUAGUGUGUUUCUGAUUGCAGAGGUGCACAAAAUGUUUAAAUAAUACAGAUUUCCUUUCUCAUCUUUAUGGCCUCCCAUUUCGGAAGGCCUUUCUUUUGCUAGCCUGUUUGUAAUCUACUUUGAACUCACUGCCGUGGUAGAUAAAUUAACUCAACUGUUGGAGUCUAAAUAAAAUAGGAUGAAACUGUUUUGAUUUGUAUGUUUACUGUUCUUCCUUUGCUGGUUAAGAGCUUUGAGAAAGUCCUGCUGCUAUUAUCUGAAUCUAUGACAGAGCUGUCAUGUGGUCUUUGGUGUUAUGCUGUUUGGUUGAAACUGUCUGGAGAUGCUGCCUGGCAUUGAUCGCACGUGGGAAAAACCUUCAGCUACUUGAUUUGAAAGCUGAGUUUCAGACUUUCGGUGGCACUGAUUGAGCAUCCAUGAUAGUUAUGUGGCUAAUGAAAGGCAAAACUUGAAAGUUGAAACCAUAAUUUUUCAUGACUUUUCAUGAUUGCGCAUCCAUCAAUUCAUCAUUUUAAAGUCUGAUAAGA